AUGUCGGCCAGCCCACGAUCGAGUCCGUCGCACGUGGCUGCGCUUAGCCGAGACGACUACCACAUUGGACUGGUGUUUGCACUCCCGAAGGAGUUGGCGGCAGGCAAGGCCAUGUUGGAUGAAGAGCAUAGAAUGAUACAUGGUCAGGACCCACAAGACGGCAACAGCUACAGCCUCGGUCGUGUGCAUGAACACAAUGUUGUUCUUGCAUGCUUGCCGGUCAGUGUGGAUGGCACGACUGCAGCUGCAGCUGUGGCAGUCAACAUGUUGAGAACGUUCAGAGCCUUGCGUUUCGCCCUCAUGGUGGGUAUCGGAGGUGGCAUUCCAACCACCAGGCAUGAUAUAAGGCUGGGGGAUAUUGUUGUGAGCGAGCCUCAGGGCACGGGUGGCGGUGUAGUACAGUAUACCAAGGGCAAGGUUCGACCUGGUAGAUUUGAGGUCAAAGGCACCCUCAAUGUGCCUCCAAUUGCCCUCCUUACCGCUCUGGCCUCUCUCAAAGCCGACCACGAGCUUCAGGAAGGUCGCGUACCCGGAUAUCUCUCAGGAAUGAUACAACGAUAUCCCAGAAUGAGAAGAAACGGCUAUAGCUACCCCGGGACCAAAGAGGAUUCACAGCCUGAGAUCCACUACGGUAUCAUUGCCUCGGGAGACUUGGUUGUCAAAGACGCAGGCUUCAGGGAGUCUCUUAGCAAAGAAUAUGAUGCUCUUUGCGUCGAAAUGGAAGCUGCAGGGUUGAUGAACAACUUUCCUUGCUUGGUAGUCAGGGGCAUUUGUGACUAUGCCGAUUCGCACAAGAAUGAUACAUGGCACAAGUACGCCGCAGCUACCGCCGCAGCGUUUGCCCAGGAACUCUUAUACUACGUGUCGUCAGAGUUGGCGAACAACGAGAUGCCUGUUCAGCAAGUCAUGGGCGCCCUAGUCGACCACCUCAAGACGACGAAGGACCAUACCGAGCUUACCCGGGGCAUCCUUGAAGAAACACGGCAACAAAAUCGAGCUAACGAUGUCCGAUAUGACGAGGAGAAAUACCGCGCCUGCCACAGGUCUUUCAAAAUCUCAUCCUACGAGGCCGACAAGAAUCGCAACCCAGACCGAGUCCGGGGCACCUGCUUAUGGGCUCUUCGGCAUCCCACCUUUCAGAGAUGGCAACAAAGUACACACGACGACUUACUGUGGAUUUCUGCCGACCCGGGCUGCGGAAAGUCGGUACUGGUCAAGUCCUUGAUCGACAACGAGUUUAAAAGUACCAAAAGCCAUACAGUUUGCUACUUCUUCUUCAAGAAUAACGAUCUGCAAGACAAGCUACGCCUUGCGUUGUGCGCAAUGUUACACCAACUCUUUGAGGCGCAUCCUGAUUUGAUCAGACACGCCAUUCCUGCAUGGGACAAAAACCAUGAUAAACUACAACUCGAGUCGGCCCAGUUGUGGCAGAUCUUGAUCAAUGCCGCGACUGAUGAAGCCAUUGGAGACAUCACCUGUAUCUUUGAUGCUUUGGACGAGUGCUGCGAAAGUGACCAAGCGGAACUCAUCCACGGCUUGUGCAGGUUCUACCAAAAUGCACAAGAAGCCGUGAGGCCGGGGAGCUUGAGGUUCCUGGUCACGAGCCGUCCCUACAGCAGCGCCGCGCGUCACUUCCAGCCUUUGCCAUCGGGACUACCGAGUAUGAGGUUGCGGGGUGAGGAAGAAAAUGAUACACUUCGACAGGAACUCGACCUUGUCAUAAGACAGCAGGUUGCAGAACUUGCCGAAGACGUCGAUCUAGAUGCACAAACGAGGGAGAAGAUGGAGACCAAACUCCUUGCUAUGGAACAUCGCACCUAUCUAUGGCUCCAUCUUGCCUUUGAAAGUAUUCGACAUACCUUUCAACACAGCCCACGACCUGCACAAGAGUCGAUCAAGACGCUACCUGUGAGUGUCGAGGAUGCUUACGAAAAGAUCUUAGGCCGGGUGGGAAAAGAUCAGCAAGGUACGGUCAAGAAAAUCUCUCAAAUCGUGGUCGGCGCACGACGGGCUCUAACGGUGGAAGAGAUGUCGACAGCCCUGGGUGUGGCCAUUGCAAGGCAGGUCGUGUCUUGGCAUGAUGUCCAUAUCGACACCGUCCGUCUGGAAAAGAAUAUCCGCGACUGGUGUGGGCUAUUUGUGUUCAUCAGUCACUCGAAGAUAUAUUUGAUACAUCAGACAGCUAAAGAGUUUCUGAUGUCAGACGCAGAGCCGGUCGGUACUGGCAUCAAAUGGAGAGGCAGUUUCAGUGUGAUCGGGACCGAAGCCUCCAUGGGCUGUAUUUGUGUUAAUUUCCUCCCAAUUCAAGAGGUCGAUUGGGAUACAAUCCUUCAUAAAAAGAAUGGCCUCUCCGAAUCUGGAUCAGCUAAAGACGACCUUACUAAAGAUGUCAGAAUAUGGGCCGGCUGGUACGGCUUCUUACAUUACUCUGCAGAGUACUGGCCAGUCCAUUUUGCCAAUGUUCAUAUGCCAGCGGAUCCAGCGCUUAUAAACUCCAAAACCCGGCUAUAUGAUACCAGCAGCCAUGUGUUCCGUAUCUGGUAUGAUAUCUUCUGCCAUUCUCUGAAACCAAAAUUGGAUCGUGAGAUCUCACAAAAUCCACACCCUCUCGAGCUCGCAGCUCUCUUUGGUCACAACGAUGUGUUGAAGUCACUAUUGCUGACACACAGCGACGACGCAAAUUUCGGCAGGAUGUGCAGCGAGGAGGCGCUGGGGCACGCAUGCACCUAUGGUCACGCAGAGAUCGUCAGAACGUUAUUAGAGCAUGGUGUCCAUGCCAAUUCAAACUCCUUGUGGGGAACAGCGCUAGUAGCAGCGGCCGGGCGUGGUCAAGACGUUGUCCUCCAGAUGUUGCUUCAAUAUGGCGCUGAUCCUAAUCUGCAAUCAGUGGGUCAACAUGGGUCUCCACUAAUCGCAGCAGUAUCGCAUCGUCAUGGGACGGCGGUGGAGAUCUUGCUGGCUGCCGGCGCCAGUAUAGAUUUGAGCAUAACUUUGCCUAACGAUGGGGACCCCAUCGCCAUCAUGUACGGGAAUGCACUGAUAGCAGCGGCAUUCAAUAAACAGACACCAAUCGUGCAACUCUUCCUGGAUGAGGGCGCUGAUGUUGAUGCCAGACCGUCCAGUGGAACAUUUGGCACAGCAUUGAUAGCUGCGUCUUGGGCCGAACAUUCAACGAUUGUACAACAAUUGUUGGAUCAUGGCGCUGAUCCCAAUUUGCAAGCUGAGGCCGGAGAAUGGGGGACAGCCUUGAUAGCUGCUUGCUAUACAGCAGACACGGCGGCAGUAGGGUUUCUACUCGACAGAGGCGCUGACAUCUCUGCUUAUGCACAGUCAGGCGCAUAUGGGACAGCUUUGAUAGCUGCCUGUGCUCGACUCCCUGACAAUUUGACUUUGAAUUCUGAGAUAGUGCACUUCCUUCUCAGCCGGCAAGCUGACAUCAAUGCUCACGCACGCAGCGGCAAUUACGGGACGGCCCUGAUGGCUGCUUGUUAUUGGGACAAUUUUGAGAUAGUGCACCUCCUGCUCGAUUGGCAAGCCGACAUUCAUGCUCAAGCGCACAUCGGCGAAACUGGGACGGCCCUAAUCGCUGCUUGUUGCAACGGCAGGAUGGACACAGUGCAAUUGCUACUGGACCGUGAAGCCGAUGUCAAUGCUUGUGCGCGCACUGGUGAAUAUGGAACAGCCCUCAUAGCAGCAUCCUAUCGGCGCCGGCUGCUUCUUGUGCGUACCUUGAUUGAGCAUGGUGCCGAUGUCAAUGCCCGGGGUCAAGUUGGAGACUAUGUCAAUGCUCUGGCUGCUGCGGUUGCUGCAAAACCGCGGUGGUGGGCGUCAGGUCCAUGCGCACGGGAUUUCAUGAAAGCCCGAAAGGAGGUGAUGAAGCUGCUGCUGGGCUGGGGCCCUGGGAAUGAUGACCGCCUGGACGAUCGUGCACAAAUAGAGCUGCUUCCAAAAAGACGCCGCCACAGUUCGGAGCCUCUCUAUGCUGGGAGGCAGCUCAACGGUCGCUUCAAAUGA